GACGUCAUAUUCCCUCGACAAAACACACCGGUGCUGCCGAGAUCUGCACAAUCCGUUUCGAGCAGGAUCCAAAGGCGACCUCAAACAUGUUUUGCACAGUUACUUUUUCAUCUUCUAUGGCAUUUAUUUUUGUUUUAGUGCUUGCUACAACUGAAGCUUCUUCGGAGAAGACCAAAACGGUGGAGUUUAAUGUGAAACCCGGAGGAGUGGUGCACACUUUCAAAGAGGGAAUUGGCAAAUACGAAUGUUCAUUCACAUACGCUGCACAAGGGGGAACCAAUGAGGAUUGGUUGAUGAGUGUUGGGCUUAGUGAUGAUGACAGGCUAUUUUCUUGCUCUUUGUGGAGGCCACAGGGAAAAUCAUACCUGUUUUUCACUCAGUUCAAAGCUGAAAUGAAAGGAACCAAAAUUGAAUACGCCAGUGCAUAUUCACAGACAGGACACAGUGACGUGCCACUGAGGCCAGAAGAGUUUACCAUAGGCGACUCUACAGUGACCCAGACUGAUGGAAAGUUCAGCGCCCAGCUCUCAAAGCUCACUGUGAUUGGACGAACAGGACAUGAUGAGCUGUAAUUGGUCAGGAGUGUGACUGUGCUUCAGCUGCAUGGGACCAGAGUUUGAGCCCUGUAGUAGAUGAAGGACACUGUGACUCUCCUGAGUGACACUUCAAAGGCGCAGCGCUAUGAAAUUCUGCUUUUAUCGUGGCAGCACUGUAUUUUGUUACAUUAAUUACAUGCCCUUUCUACUACAAUGGAUUUAUCGGAGCACAGCUAGACAUAAAACUGAUUUUUCUUUGUCCUUCUCUGAUAUAAAACAUGUUUUGUAAUUUUCCCUGGGACAAUAUAGUAUAGAGGCCUGGCAUUGGGGGUUUGUAGGGUAUAGAUUACAUAUUUAGAGUAGGCCAGGAUUUACCCGCUGGUUUGUAAUCCUGAGAGGAAAGUGAAUAAUAAUCCCUAAUAUCAUCAGUAUACACACACAGUUACAUUUAUCUCAGUCCUACUUUGUUCUGAGCUGCUAUUAAGAAGAGCUCUUCCUUCCUUCUGUUUAUUUGAAUCUGCUCUAAAUAACUCCUAAGCUUCACAUAUGAUCCCAACAGGAACGUUAAUGACUUGUUUUUACCAGAUGAAGAAAUACUCAAAAGUUACAUAAAUCUAAGUUGAAUAGAAAAAAAAAAAAAUUUUUUUAAUUUAUACCAUAGCGCAAAACUUAUGUGCUCUUGCUGCACAUUUUAAAUUCAUAAAUUCCUUUUUUUCACAAGUUCUUUUCUGUUUCUAAUACCUCCACAAAUGCACUGUUUGAAGUUCAGCUAAAAAUUCAUUCAGAAGAAGUGGGUUUGCACCGAGGCAGAUGCCCUGAAGCUUUCAUCCUGCACAUCUCCACGUGUGCAGAUCAGCAGGGAUAUCGUCAGAGUUUCUGAAGUAGCUCAUUAUCACAAGUCCCUGUCCAGACGCUAGGACUUUCUUAUGUAAAGAACGACCUUUAUCUCGCCCCCAUUGAUCCAGCCUUAGAUCCCCCACCAGUGUCCGGAGAAUGACUUCUGCCAUUGAUUUCAAAUUGGAGGAUUUAGCUGAUUUGAGGUUGUUAGGUUAGCGACAUGCAGUAUGUACCUUGUUAGUCCAGGUGUGUGUCAGAUGUGAUCCUCUUGGGCUCAGGAAGUUCUCUGGAGAACUAUCCCUUUGUCAUCGGCAGGCUCCCAUUUACAGAGACUGACCCAAAAUAGAUGGAAAAUACACAAUCGGUUACUCAAUUUGUACUGUUUAUUUUCCUACUUCCUGAAUUGUUUCAUUAUGAAAUAUGAUGGGUGUUUCAAUAAAGACAAAACAAGAUCAA